AUGUUAAAGAGUGUUAUCAUUAUUACAGGUAAUGGUACAUUACUAUUUGAAAAGAUAUGGGUAUCAUCAUCGGCUAUGGCAGGAAAGGGUAAUAUGUUUUCAUCAUUGUUGACAACGGUACAAGAAUUCUCAAAACAGAGUACAGGAAUGUUUGUUUCAUAUGUUGAAUUUGGUCAUACAUCUAUAACAAUUGUAUAUGAUGAAAAGAGUUUAGUUAGAUGUUGUCUAUUUCAUGACGAAGAAGAUGGUCCAGAGUUUGGUAAAUUGAUUGCAAAUUCAUUGUUGAGAGGGUUUUUAGAGUUGUACAGUGAUACCGAUUUUACACAUCCUCUUCAUAAUACUUCAAAGUUUAGUUCGUUUUCAAAUAAGAUCUAUGAUUCCAUUGCAAAUUCACCAAAAUCUGUAUUAUAUAAUUUGAGGACAAAUAGAGGAAUUCAAAAUGCAAUUGUAGUUUAUGCUGAUGGUACAUUUGUGACAACUGGAUCAGAAGAUCAACUUGGAAUGAUUGCAAAUUUACAGGCAAUGUUAUCUUUUUCAAAUGAUAUUUUAUUAUCAAAAGGUGAUAGAACAAAAGAAAUUAUAUUGGAUAUGAUAACACAAAGAGUAUUUAUUUCCAGAGUUGGUCCUGCCAACUUGGUUUGUAUUUGUAAAAAGAACAAGGAUCCAUCCAUUUAUCAAUCCACCAUUUAUGAUGCAGUAACAUUAUUAGAUAAAGGAUCAGGUUUUGUUGCAAAGCCUGCAGUAGACUAUUUAUUAAAAAGAGAUGAUGUACAUAUUACAGUAUUAAGUUUAUUCAAGAAUGAGUUGGAAAGAAUCUCAAAGCAAUACCCAGCAUCAAAGAUCACUACCGUCGAAUUAGAUAUUUUAAACAACAUUGAAGAGUUGAAUACCCAUAUUCCAAAAUCACAAGUUGUUAUCAGUUUGUUACCUGCAACAUUCCAUGUUCAAAUUGCAAAGAUGUGUAUUGAACACAAAGUACAUUAUGUAACUGCAAGUUAUAUCAGUCCAGAGAUGAGGGAAUUAGAUGGUACUGCCAAGGAAGCAGGUGUAUUGUUGUUGAAUGAGCUCGGAUUGGAUCCAGGAAUUGAUCACAUGUCGGCCAUGAAGAUUAUUGAUUCGGCCAAGGAACACAAGGGCAAGGUUACAUCGUUUGUAUCGUGGUGUGGAGCACUCCCCGAAAAGGAAUGCAGCAACAAUCCAUUUGGAUACAAGUUUAGUUGGUCACCACGUGGUGUCUUGUCGAGUGCUGCUUUGGAUGCCACUUUUCUCUGGGACAAGAUCACCAACAAUGUACCAUCACAAACAAAGUUCUCGGUUAUGCAACCGGUCGAUGUAACAUCACCAUCUGGUGAAAUACUCAAGUUUGAAGGUGUUGCUAAUCGUGACUCUUUCCCAUAUAUCAAAGAAUACCAUUUGGUCGAAAAGGAUAUCGAGACCAUGUUCCGUGGCACCCUUCGUUGGGAUGGUUUCAGUGUCAUGGUACGUGCUCUCCGUGCUAUCGGACUCUUCUCCACAGAAAAUGACGCACGUAUUGCUUCGUGUUCGUCGUGGCGUGCCUACUUGGUGCAAUUACUCGGAUGCAAUGACAAUGACUCUGACUUGCUCUAUUGUCUCGAACAAACCAUCCGUGAAUACUUUGUCAAGAACCAAGCAGACGUCGAAUCACACCCAGAGUACAAGUUCCCAGUGAUCAAGCGCGACAUUGACGCCGAUGUAAAGCAAGCCGUCGAAGGUAUUCGUUGGUUGGACAUGUUGGAAGCUUCACCAGCCGAUGAAACCAGCAAGCUCAUCAACAAGCUCACCCCAAUCGAUAGUGUAUGCGCUCUCCUCGAGAAAAAGUUGGCCUACAAGGACGGCGAACGUGAUCUCGUCGUUCUCCAACACGAAUUGGUUGUCGUCUAUCCAGAACAAGACAACCGUUCCGAAAAGGAAUACUCUCAACUCAUUUGUUACGGUCAAAAGAAUGGAAGCAGUGCCACCUCUUUGACUGUUGGUCUCCCAGUUGGUAUCGCCACAGAACUCAUCCUCGACAACGAAGUCAAGGCCCUCGGUUGUAUUGGUCCAGUCACUCCAGAAUUCUAUAAUCCAAUCCUUGAAAGACUUCAAAAAGAAGGUAUUCAAAUGACUGAAUACAAAAACAUCAAUGUUCAUCUGGGUGGUCAAUGUCUUUGUUCAUUGCAUUCCAACUCUCCAAUACACACUUUUAUGGCAGGUAUUAAGUAUUUCAAUUUAUAUCUUAAUUCAAGUGAAAUAACUAUUCCCAUCACCUUCGUAACCGGAUUAUAA